AUGGCGGAUCGACUUGCGCCAAUUACAGCUUUUGCGACCAGCCGACGGCACCAGCUGAUUGUCAUCUCAUGCUACACGCGUUUCGACAACUUGGCACAUGGUCCCCGGGGCAAAGAGGCCAAGAAGAGCCUCUACACCUUCUGGAUGGACACCAGUGACGGCCAGCUGGUGCUGCUGUCAGUGGUCCAGGAGGAUUGCAUGAACCCGGCCUUCUCGCGCUGGCACCCAAGGAAAAACGUCAUGUACACCUGCACGGAGUCGGUUGCGGAAAACGGCAAGAUCGAUGCCUGGAGCGUUAAUCCGAAGAAUGGGCAGCUUACCAACAUCGGCAGCUUCGAUGCUGGGGGGACUUCCACAUGUUACAUCACCUUGGACAAGGCAUGUGAGAAUAUGCUGGUGGUCAACUACUGGAAUGCGACGAUCGGCGUCUUCGCCCUGGACAAGGCGACGGGAGCCGUGAGCUGCCGGCGCUCCCUCUUCGAUCCCAACGAGGGAAGGCCGAUGAAGGCGCGUCACGAUGCCCAUGUCAAUCACUCGGAGAACGAUCCGAGCGCACAGCAGGAGAGGCAGGCGGACCCGCACUCGCAUGCCGUGAUCCUGGACCCGUUCUAUGGCCGGAUCGCCUACGUGCCGGAUCUCGGCAUGGAUCUGAUCCGACAGUUCUACUACGAUCCGGAGGCUGGUGAGCUCACUGCCGCCGGGACCAUGUCUUCUGGGCCACCAGGCCGCAAGGCUCUAGGCCCUCGGUACAUCGAGUUCCACCCGACUCUGCCGAUUUGCUAUGUGGUGAACGAGCUGGCAUCCGACAUUUCGGUCUUCGAAUUCGACCACGAAGCUACGGAGGCAGUCAUCAAAGGCGGGCGCCCGGGAGCCGCCCAGGCGCAGCCGACCUUGCGCCUGGUGCAGUCCGUUCGCACCAUCCCAGAUGCAUUCCCAGGGGAGGCCAACACUUGCGGUCGAGUGGCCGUGCACUCCUCUGGGAAUUUCGUCCUCGUCUCGAACCGGGGCCACGACAGCAUCACCGUCUUCAGGGUGCACUACACGCACGGCCACAGAGGCUUGUUGUCGGUUGCCGUGACGCAGCACACCCGAGGAGCGACCCCCAGGCAUUUUCAGUUUGACAGCUCCGGGCAGUGGCUCAUUACCGCGAACCAGGACUCCGACAACAUCUCGGUCUUCAGGUUCAACCUGGCAACUGGAAAGCUUGAGUGGACGGGAAAUGAGUACGAGGUGCCCUCCCCAAACUUCGUCUGCAACGUGGGUGGCCAUUUUGUGGUGAAUUUCACGCAAUGUGGACUCGUGGAUUCACCGGAGCACUCCUGGCUCAGAGAGAUGGCGGGCUGCGAUACCUGUGCAGCACUGUCCAAAGCCGAUGAAGCGCUUCUUCGGCACGCUAUCGAGUGCUCCCGCCGGGCUGUAAAGAACGGGAAUCACCCGUUUGGCUGCGUGAUCGUGGUACGGAAGUCGGACGGUGGUGUCCUGGAGACGAUCGACGCAGAGAAUCGCGUUGUUACCGACAACGACCCUUCGGCGCAUGCGGAGAUGUGUGGCGUUCGCCUCCUAGGCACAGCAGCUGCCGCUGCACGGGAGUCCAAGCGUUUUGACGGCUGCUCCUUCGAAUUGUUUACCAGCACCGAGCCGUGUGUCAUGUGCUGCGGUGCGAUAUAUUGGUCUUUUAUGAUCGACCGCGUGGUGUACGCAUGCCCCGAGGCGGGGCUAGCCCGCCACGCUGGGGACGACUUUUUGGCCUCUUGUCGCGAGACACUGGCGAAAGGCAAGCGCCCUAUCAGGGUGGACGGCCCAUUCCUAGCUGAGGAGGCAGAGAAGCUGCAUGCGGAGUUCUGGCCAGGCUUCUUGGCCUCGCUUGAAAUGGUCUUCCGAGGAGGGCCCGAGAUCAAGCCUCUGAGUCGCCUCCGUUUGUCCGCUGCCCAAACAAACGGUGCCAUGCGGCAGCCUCGGGAGCACCUGGAACCAGCGGCAAUGCAGAUGUCUCACUGUGUGCACAACUCGGUCAUUCUGUCUGGUGCGAAGUGUCUUUUACCGAAUGGUGGCAGGUGGCACCUGAACAUCCCCAUCUUCCGAUGCCUGGACAAGGUGGCAGAACACGAAAAAGGCGCAGUAUUAUCGCUGGCCAGGACCUGGUGGGGUUUUGCGGAGAAUGCGCCCAAGGUCCUAAAGACUGUCCGGCUCAACGGCCUGGUACCUUUGCAGACAGCCAGAACGGCACCGGGGCCCCCUCGGCCCACGCCCACGAGCGCGUGCGCUUUCGACAGGCCAGGGCCAAGCGAGGCCUUGGCUUCGGAGCCCAUCACUGACAUUGGCUUCGAGGUCCUGCGCGCAGCUGCGAGAGGGUCUGGCAGCCGCAUGCAGGGUGCGAGCCAGCGCAGCGCCACGACCGUCGAAGGCGGCUUCGUCAGAGCCGUGAAGCCGCUGCCGGGCUCUUGCAAGAUCUUCCGCCUGCGGCCAGGCAUGUCUGCCGGACAGCCUAAUCGGCACUACAGCACCUGCAUGGGGCACAGUGUCGGCCAUGGUGAGGAGUAG